AUGUCUUCAUUGAAUGAUUACAAUGGCGCUUCCAGCAGUGUUCUCGCGCCUCCCAAUCGCUCUCUCAUCCUGCCGCAGAUCUUAGACUUUCACCUUGAAAAUCCUGAGAACAGCCCAGCCUUCUCGUUCGCCAAAGAAGAUCCUCAGUCGGGAGUCGUCCUAACCGACAUCACUCGCUUUGAAUUCGCACGGGCCGCCCAUCGCGCCGCUCACCUGAUAUCAGCAGAGAAACAGGUCAGAGAGGGAGGACGAUUCGUGGCGAUCGUUGCUCUCGCGGACGUUCUCAUUUAUCAAUCCAUCGUCGUAGGAUGCAUCAGAGCAGGCCUUACUCCUUUCCCAAUUUCUCACCGCAACUCACCCGCAGCGAUCGUGCAUUUGCUCCAGUCGACCAACUGUCAUCGUGUCCUCACUACACGAGCCUCCCUGGGACACCUCAUUGCCGAUGUGGUAUCUGAGCUUGCUGCGAAGGAUCUGACGUAUGAGUUGUCUGUGGACGAGAUCCCUUUACUGGGAGAGCUGUACCCUCAUCUCGGGCACGAGUCUGUAGCUGACGACUUUACGCCGUACCCGGUCUCUGACCCCAUUCCACCCGCAACCGACAUCGCAUUGUGCUUGCACUCCAGUGGAAGCACAGGAUUCCCCAAACCGAUUCAUAUGUCCCAUCGUCUGUUACUAGAGAUAUCGACUCUCGGUGCAUUCAACCAGCUCACAGCGUACGCACCUCGCUUCGCGAUCGGUACUCUACCGCCAUUCCACGCUAUGGGCUGCCUUAUGCAGAUCCUCUUCCCGUUGGUAAAAGGCGGCACGGGAUGUAUCUUGCCUCCCGCUUCGACAGCGACAGAGUACCACGUCCCACCCAACCCGACGUCAGAUCUUGCCCUGCACCAUUCAAAGCUCGCGAGAGCUGAUGGAGUGCUUGCCGUCCCUGCGUUCAUCUUGGAUUGGGCUCGUUCUACGGAAGCGGUGGACUAUCUGAAGAGCUUGAAUAUAGUCUCAUUCGGUGGAGGGCCAUUGACGCUCCAGGUUGGCGACGAACUCGUUGAGCAAGGUGUGAAGCUUGUGACGCUUUAUGGGGCUACAGAAUUCGGCAUGCCGAAUGUCAUACGGGCUGAUGACGAUCCUCGAGACUGGGCGUGGUUCAAGUUCGCAGAAACAGCGAAACUUCGAUGGGUCCCAGAGGGAGAUGUCAACACAUUCGAGCUGCAGUUCCUGAGCGGCGACGGCCUUCACCCGGCAGUGGAGAAUCUUCCCGAUGUUCAGGGCUAUUCGACCAAGGAUCUGUUCGAACGGCAUCCCACAAGACCCGAUCUUUACCGGGUCGUUGGGCGGCUCGAUGACGUGCUCAUUAUGGCCAACGGAGAAAAAACGGUGCCUGGCCCAAUGGAAGACAUCAUGCUUUCUAGCCCUCAUGUUUCUGGGGCCGUUAUGUUCGGUCGCGAAAGAAACCAGGUCGGGGUGCUGAUCGAGCCCAGCGCGGGAUAUGAGGUGAACACCACGGACACUGCGGAGGUUGCCAAGUUCCGGAAUCUUGUCUGGGAGAAGGUGCAAGAAGCGAAUGAAAGUGCGCCUGCGUUUGCCCGGAUCUAUAAGGAGAUGAUCCUUGUUGCUUCUCGUGCGAAACCUCUCAUCCGCACACCGAAAGGCACUGUUGUCAAGAAAGCCACCGUUGCCUUAUAUUGUGCUGAGAUUGACGCGCUGUACGACACGAUCGAUGCUAGUACUCAUUCCGCAAACGAGAUAGCUCCUCCUCCCAGCUGGACCUCACCUGACCUCGUUCCGUGGCUGUCAGCACACGCUUCAUCGCUCUCGGAUAAGGAAAUCCACGCGGGAGGCGAUAUCUUUGACCAGGGCUUCGACAGUCUCAACGCGACUUUCCUCCGGCAUCGUAUUGUUGGCGCGAUGAACAAUUCAUCAAACCUGGACUUCAAGACCGCUGCACUCAAGAUUCCGCAAGAUUUCGUGUAUUCGCAUCCCACGAUCGAGGCUCUCGCCGCCGCUGUGUCUGCUCUCUGUCUCGGAACGCAUUUGGAAGCUGUGGACCCCAAGGUUGCUGUCGAACAGAUGAUCCUCAAGUAUUCGGCCGGAUUGAGCGGUAGCUUGCGCGCUAAAACGCGGCCGGAAAGUGGCGAGGUCGUGUUAUUGACCGGGUCAACUGGUGGUCUCGGCUCUCACUUGCUUGAGAUCCUGCUUAAGCACCCGUCUAUUCGCCGCGUGUACGCAUUGAACCGGUACAGCUCUCGUGCGAGUUCGGCCUCUCGGCAAAGCGCUACGUUUUUGGAGCGUGGGCUGGAUGCGAAGCUUCUGCUCGACUCGGACAGACUCGUAUUCCUUGAGGGUACUGCUGCCGAUUUAGACCCGUCUGCGUUCGAGACUGUGAGUGCGUUCAUCUUCCCCCUUGCUCUGCAGUACUCACCAGCGUUGAAGCUAAGGAACACUAUCAGCGCGAUCAUUCAUAACGCGUGGACUCUCGACUUCAACAAGUCGCUGGCCUCGUUCGAGCCCCACAUCAAAGGCACGCGCAACUUGAUAGAUCUUGCCCUUGCAUCGGAUGCUGGAGUCCGCCUCCUCUUCACGUCAUCAGUCGGGACUGCUGUCGGCUGGGAUCCGAAACGAGGUCCAUUUCCGGAAGAGCUGCAGCUGGACCCGAGCGCUGCGCUGGGUCUUGGUUACGGGGAGAGCAAAUAUGUAGCCGAGCGGAUCAUCGCUGCCUCCGGACUGGAUGCCACCUCCUUUCGCAUUGGCCAAAUCUGCGGCUCUGGUCGAACAGGAGCCUGGUCCACGUCCGACUGGGUUCCGAGUCUGGUCAAAUCCAGCAUCGCGCUGGGUGCUUUACCGUCUGAGCCAGCCGGAAUGAACGCGUGGCUCUCGCCUGAAGCCGUGGCGCAAGCGAUUAUCGAUGUUGCGUUGUGCGAGGUCCGUGCGCCUGGUGCGAUGAAUCUCGUCCAUCCCAGACCCGUUACAUGGGACACCAUCAUGAGUGGGAUUGCGGGCGCCCUCCAUCUCCCACUGAUCGCAUUUCCGGAGUGGAUCGAACGGCUCAAGACGGCCGCGGUGGGUGCGACAGCGGAGGACUUUGAGCGAGUGCCCGGCAUCAAGCUGCUCGAGUUCUUCCAGUCAGCAGAGGUCGGAACGGGUGCCGUGCGGUUUGCGACGUCGGUGUCGCAAGAGUAUAGUCCGGCCUUCAGAGACUUGAAGCCUCUAGACGUGGACGACGCGGAGAGAUGGAUUGGAUUCUGGCGCGAGAAGCAUUUCAUCUAGACCACUAUCAUAAGUUCUGUAAUUUUCUACCAGCCUUGAUCACUCAGAUCUGAGACACGGACGGAGCACACCAUCACAAUCUGAUUGGCAAUGAUGAGCAGAAGCAGGAUGGAUGUUACACAGCCAGGCAAUAAAAGUUCGCUGGGAGCAUUUCCCGUCAACUAGCACAGAGAGCACGUAUCUAGUACUAUACUGCUGCUCCUACUGCUACUAGUGCUGCUGCUGCUGCUACUACUACUGUUACCAUUAAUACUCGCUAUGUACCCCGAGACGAGCUGAUGCUGCAGGCCCUGGAAGCUCUUGCCAGUGCAUCGAUUUGAGACCCGACACCUUGAGUUAAGUCUAAGCCAGGUACCGAGGCAACUUGGCUGGCAUAGUCUCUUUCCAUCUCACAGUGCGGCCAGGUGACUUGCCUCAUUCGCGCAGAUGCAAUGCAACUCGCUCGAUUGCGUAAUUCCCAUGUAAACACCCAGAAUAAAUCUUAAAUCGAUUCAUAAAUUAUCAGGAAGGAUUUUGAUCCCCGUUUGGAUUCUCUGGAGUCUCAGAAGGAGCAUUGGGAUUCCAUGUACUAAUAGGGCAAGGUGGCUGUGUGGCUAGCUUUGAGGCCGAAACUUCCCAAGUUUAAUCAACCCCCUGUGACCCACCCAACUUUUCUUCUUCUCCAAUCUCGCUCUCGAUGACAGUUCCACCCCCGCACACUUUCCUCCAUUUCGAGACUUCCAACGCCAUUCGGUGGGACGCGCUCUGGGAAGACGUCUUCCAGUUGCCCACUCACUGCUUCUCGAACGAAGCCGCGUAGCUCGAGCAGCUGAGCAACAUCAUGAGCCGCGGACUGACUCUCUUGGAUCCUUACGAACAGAAGCGGAAGAGCGAUGCGCUAUGGGCCCAGAUCCGUCAAACGCAGCUGAAGAUUGUGCCGCUCGUGACAGUUGGAUGGGAGCUUCAAUGCACUGGGAGCAGACGACCAUUUCGGACCGAAGGCGCUAUGUGCCGGAUGGAAUGACGCGCGCCGCGGCGACAUCUUCCCACUUGCACGAUGCACGUAUUUGGUGCGAGAAAGAGAUGCGCGUCGGUCAGCUUGCAGAUUUUGCGGACAACCUCAUCGAGCUUUGCGAAAGCAUUGCGGCAAGCUUCUCGGAUGCGUCGGGCAAGGAAAGUCGGCCGUACAUCUCUACAUCAGGUUGGGAUGUGCUUGUGGCCGAGUCCGGCUCAUUAGGGGAAGAGAGAAAACGGGCGCUGGAUGAGAUCCUCCUCGGACGCACUGCAUUUAUCGUCUUCUCCGCUAGCUUUAUCAUCGCCUCUACGAUCCGAGAUCAUCCAUUUGCGCUGCCGGCAAGUCGACAUAUCGGCCUGAGUGGAGGUAUCGAGCAGCUGAGCCGUCUGACGAGGCGUCCCCCGGCAGAGAUCAAGAAGCUACGCGAGAUAUUUCUGCGGGCACUUGCUGUAGACAGCAAACACAAGCGCUGCCCAUUCAUCGAAUGUCCCCACUUCAGUAACGAUAAGAUGACCAAACCGCAAUAUGCUGCACGAAAUGUGGGGAGAUAGGGCAAGUUGAGGUCGCAUAUUGUAAUCGAGAUUGCCAAAAGUUAGACUAGGGG